UCGACAAAGUUCAGAUCGUCUCGUAGUUCGUCGUGACUGCGUGUUACCUCGCGCGAGUGAGUAAUCCGAAUUAAAAAAGAGCUAAGCAGUGAAGAAAGCACACGGUUUUUGUGAAGAAAAAGGAAGAUUUUGUAGCACGGAGUGGUUGAGUGUUGCUACCUAGAGAAAAUUCAAGGUGUGAAAUUCGGCGAAGGUCAUAUUCCAAUCUAGGCAGGGUACGGAAAAAUUAAUAUCCAGCCCGUAGAAGUGUGUGGCGCAGAACGUGUAAAAAAAAGGGCCCCAUUUCUGGUUCUGUUAAGUCAGUCACUGGAGAAGCACUUGUGUGUGAGAAAACUGGAAUUUUCGCUUGAACAAGUAACAACAGAAUCGGCACAAUGUCAGUGAUCGGAAUAGAUUUCGGUAACGAGUCGUGCUACGUCGCCGUGGCAAAGGCCGGUGGUAUCGAAACCAUCGCCAAUGAUUACAGCUUGCGAGCCACUCCAUCAUGCGUUGCAUUCGCGGGUCGAAACCGUGUGCUCGGUGUGGCCGCCAAGAACCAGCAGGUGACCAACAUGAACAACACAAUCGGCGGCUUCAAACGGUUGCUCGGUCGCAAAUACAACGAUCCGCUCGUACAGAACGAACUGCGGAAGAUACCCUACAAGGUCGAGCCCCGGCCGGACGGCGGUAUCGGCAUACGGGUCAACUACCAGGACGAGGAGGUCGUCUUCAGCCCGGAGCAGAUCACCGCAAUGCUGUUCACCAAGCUAAAGGACGACUCGUUCAAGGAGCUCAAGACUCAGAUCAACGAUUGCGUCAUCACCGUUCCGUCGUACUUUACCAAUGCCGAGCGGCAGGCCCUGCUCGAUGCCGCCGGCAUCUGUGGAAUGAACGUGCUGCGGCUGAUGAAUGAAACCACCGCCACCGCACUAAGCUACGGAUUCUACAAACAGGACCUUCCGGCACCGGAGGAGAAGGCUCGCAAUGUGAUCUUCGUCGAUUGUGGCCACGCGUCGCUGCAAGUGUCGGCCUGUGCCUUCCACAAGGGUAAGCUGAAGAUGCUGGCCAGCUGUGCCGAGCAGGUCGGCGGACGAGACUUUGACUAUGCCAUGGCGGAGCACAUCAGCAACGAAUUCCAGACCAAGUACAAAAUCGAUCCCAGGACGAACAAGCGGGCCUACCUUCGUCUGCUGACCGAGGUGGAGAAGCUGAAAAAGCAGAUGUCGGCCAACAGUACCAAGCUGCCGCUGAACAUCGAGUGCUUCAUGAACGACACCGACGUUCACUCGACGAUGCAACGGCCCGAAAUGGAAGCCUUGUGUGCUGGUUUGCUGCAGCGCAUCGAGGUCACGAUGAAGAAACUCCUGAAGGAUUCCAACCUGGCCCUGGAUGAUAUACAUUCCGUCGAGAUUGUCGGUGGCAGCAGCCGCGUUCCGGCCAUCAAGCAACUGAUCGAGCAGAUCUUCGGCAAGACGGCGAGCACAACGCUGAACCAGGACGAGGCCGUAUCGCGUGGUGCGGCCCUGCAGUGCGCCAUCCUGUCGCCGGCGGUGCGCGUGCGCGAGUUCAGCUGCAGCGACGUGCAGGCCUAUCCGGUGCUGAUCUCAUGGGAAGAUGGAACUCAACGUAACGAGAUGAAGGUGUUCGAGCAAUACCAUACGGCCCCAUUCUCGCGAUUAUUGACCGUUCACCGCCGUGAACCGUUGACCAUCAACGUUCACUACGAACCGAACAGCGUCCCCUAUCCGGAUCCGUUCAUCGGGGCGUUCCACGUCAAGGAUAUUAAACCGAAUGCUAACGGCGAUCCCCAGGAGGUGAAGAUUAAGGUUCGCAUCAAUCAGAACGGUAUCGUGCUGGUCUCGAGUGCUACCAUGGUUGAGAAACGUGAAAACGAAGAACCCGUCACGCCUCCUGCUACUGCCAAUGGUGAACAAGCGGCACAGUCCAACUCGCCCCAGGGAGAAGAACCACCCAAGACAGGCGAACCCAUGGACGUCCAGGAGGGUAGCGAUGAUGAGCAAACUAUAAAUGAUUCCACUAAAUCAGACAACGAUAACAGUGGAGGUGGAGGGAGUUGGACGCAAAGGGUCAGCAGAUGGUUUACCUCUUCGGAUAAGAAGAAGAAGGUUAGUACGAAAUCCAUUGAUCUAACCAUCGAAGGCAAAACCCACGGCUUCGUCAGCACCGAGUUAUCCAAGUACCACGAGUUGGAGAUCAAAAUGAUCGCCAACGAUCGGCAGGAAAAGGAGCGCAUCGACGCCCGCAACGCGCUGGAAGAAUACGUCUACGAAAUCCGUGGCAAGAUCCAGGAGGAUGGCGAACUGAGCGCCUACGUCGAACAGGACGAUGCUGCCAAGAUCUGUCGCCAGCUGGAGGACAUCGAGAACUGGCUGUACGAGGAUGGCGAAAACUGCGAACGGGCAGUCUACAAGGAUAAACUCAUCGCACUUUACCAGCAGACGGAUCCAAUCCGUCUUCGGUGCGAGGAGUACAACGGUCACGAGCAGGCAUUUACCGAUCUGGGUCACACCAUUCAACUGACGUACAAGGCUGUCGAGCAGUUCCGCGCCAAGGACCCGAAGUAUGAUCAUCUGACGGAGACGGAGAUCCUGAAUAUCACCGAGGCUGCUCAAAAGGCGCAGAAGUGGUACGAAGAGGCCCGAUCCAAGCUGGUGAACAUUCGCAAAACGCAAGAACCUCCGGUAAAGGUCGCCGAUAUCCGCCACGAAAACCAGACCCUGGCCACCUGCACGAAUUCGGUGCUCAACCGGCCGAAACCAAAGCCAGCCACUCCGCCAGCGGACAACAACAAGGAACAACAGUCACAGCAAAACGGUGGUGAUCAGGCUAAGGAUCAGCAGGAACCAUCCACGGAACAGCCGAAGAACUUUACCGAGGACAAGAUGGAUGUUGAAUAAUGUAGUUAAUGUUAGUUUCCUUUCGCUCCGCGUUUACGUUAUUACAUUGCACAUCCUGAACUUAUUUUUUUUAUUUAAUGAUUAUCACAAUAAUGGAACAGACGAUGAACACGUGAGAAAUGCGAAUGAGGUGGAUUUGUGUAAAUGCAAAGCUUGUAUUUUUUUUUCACUUUAAAUCAAUAGCAGUAAGUUACAACCAACAUUGCAACACUGAAGAAACAUAAUUAUAAACGUAAAGCCACUGACACAGUAAGGUUAAUUUCUCUUCAUUGUAAUGCUUAAAAAUCAAAAUAUCAGAAAUAUAAUUUCAUCUUUCUCCUAGUUCAUCAAUAAUAAUAAAAAAAAACUUGUUUUGUUCGUACUAUCGAGUAAAAUCGUUUCUUGUGGUUUUCGAUGUUCUUCCUCAAAAGGAAAACAACUCUUUUUCGAAAAUAGUUACAUCCAAUCCUAGCUUAUAGUUUGUCGCUCAACCCCAUUUGAAGCCGAAUAAUCGGACAAAUUAAUCUUUCAGUCACUCUGAACCAGUACUGCACUUAUGUCAAAGAGCUGUUCAAUGUUACGCUGUGUAUUGACAGGCAGCGAGCGAAUAACAUAUCGCAAACCUUGCUGGUAGGUACCGAUCACGUGCUACUAAAAAGUGAUUUGCGAAUUAAACCAAGAUAAAGAUAUAUAAAUGAAAAAUUUAGAAAGUCUAACUGAAAAAGCUAAACAAUAUAAAAAAAAAAAACUGUGGAUCUUAUUAUUCAAAUUGUUCAACUCUGUUGCUAGGGAUGGAGUUUAAUGAAUGUGAGCCGGGGACAGAGUUAUAGCUGCACUUAUGGCCAGAAGUUAAGAUAUGGUCUGAAACUAUUCUAAUUAACUGAAAGAGGAUAACACAAAAUUGCAACAUAUGGAAAAA